UCCGAUAAAGGACAAAUAGAGACACAACCAAAGUCAGAUUCUUGGUCGUUUUCUCUGCUACUUCCGCUGUGCUGCUCUGUUCUCAAGGCUGCGCAGCAAAGAAAUACCGACGAGGAGUGAGGGGGUGUUCGCCAUUAAAUCUCCACCUCGACCUCCGGAUUCUGCUCCGAGAGAGAUAGAGCAAGUGAUCUAUUCAGAAAUGUAUGCAGACACGGGCGUCACGGGACUUCUGUUUCCAUACUUUCAGGGCUUCCCUCAGGAGGUUCAGCAACUCGAGGAGUUCUGUCGAAUUCAGAAGAACAAUGUUUUAACUAGAAACCUGAUUCAGACCUCCACUGUCUCAGAAUAUGACCUAGGGGGAGAAGGAGAUCUCUUCAAAGCUCCAGAGCCUAUCAUAGAAGAACCAGUAAUGGGUCUUGACCCCAUUACAGCUGCUAUUUCAAUGAUUUCUUGUGGGGAAGAUGUCAUCUCCUCCCAGACAAUCAGGGACACAGAUAUUGAUUCAAUUCAAAGUGAGCACCUAUUGAAUGAGGUCUUCUAUGGGUGCAAGAAGGCUCUAUUGGCAAAGUCUGCCAUAGAAGAACCAUUCCCUGAAGUUCCAGAUGUCAAGGUUCCGUCCACACAAGUGGAGGAGGUUCCAAUUGCAGAGAAAGAUCAGAUAGUAGUUCAGGGGCCAAUCCAGAAAAGUGUUAGUUCAGGGUGUUUGAGCUCAAUGGAAUGGACACAUGGGGGUGCCAUAAGGCCAAACUUUCUGGAUUUUCAGGGAGUAGACUUUGAAGAUGUCUAUGGGAUGCGAAGGGCAUUCAGUGAGGGGGACAUACAGACUCUUGGCAAUGGCAAUAUGAGCUUCAUUCACUCUCACUUCGAGCGGCCAUUAACUAUUGGCAACUACACCAUAGAAGAACGCGAGCAAAGGCUUUCCAGAUAUAGGAAAAAGAAGACCAAGAGGAACUUUGGCAGGAAAAUCAAGUAUGCUUGCAGGAAAGCUUUGGCUGACAGUCAGCCCAGGGUCCGUGGAAGGUUCGCCAAGACUGAAGAAUCGGAUAUUUCCAAGAAGUAGAAUAUGUAUAUAUAUAUACAUAUAUAUAUUUAUAUGGGUAAGAAAAGAUUAGUUUUUUUUUUUUUUAAUCUCCGACGAGGGGCAUAGAAGAGAAUCAGGAGGAUGUAGUGUAGAGUGUAGCUGUGGCACCAGCAGCCAGCAAAGCAGAAGCUUUAUUCAGCAUAUUCCUAAAAUCAGCCAGAACCCAGUGAAUAGCACCCUCUAGAACAUCUUCCUUGUUGUUGUAGUAGCUUUCUUUUGUAGGUCAACCUAGUCGCUUAGUGUUGUAUAUAGUGCUUGUUUUAAUAAAUAAGAGAACUCGUAACUGGUAUCUAAUUGCCACCAGCUCGUGGCUUAUCUA